GUGUACUGAUAACGCGAGAUAGCUGGCGAUUGAUUUCAAUACGGAUUUUAAUUAGAUUAUAUACAUAUAUAAUAUAAUAUUCUGUGUAUGUGAGAUAUCUACAUAUGAUAAAUAUAAUACAUCGAUGAUAUUCAAGUAUCCGCAUAAAUGACUAUUGAUUUUCUUGUCCAGUCAACCAAGAAGCGUGUUUAUUAUCUGGAGCAAUACUAUGUUUACUUGCAGCUAUGUACAAUGACUUUGAUACAUAAAUGUUUAAAAACGAGAAAACGUGUAUGUAAUUAUCCGCGUAUUAUUGUUUUGCUAACUCUGUUUGUAUGGAUUUAUAUAUUCAAGACAUCGAAACUUGUGUUAAAACCGUGUAAUAUAGAACGGCUUGACCCAUGGGAUCUGUCGCUGACGCAGUAUUUUUCAAGGCUUUCUCCAGUGGUGUGUUCUCACAGGCAGCAGUUGAUUUAUGUAGACAAACUAGGUUUUCUUAGAUUCAACGACUCUUUGGUGAAGGAAUAUAGAAUUGAUACAGCCGUCUUGCAGUGUUCAUAUUAUUCACUGAAAAGAGGACUUGCAGAUACUAACAAUGUGACAUUUGAUGCGAAAAUAAAGAUUACACUCCCAGUGUUCGUGAAAUGUCACAUGUUUCGGAUACAGUGUGUAAAUCCCUCAAAUAUAAUUAUUUACGAUUUUUUACAUUUCAAUGCAGCAUGGAGUGAAAAUGCUAAGAAAGAAGACGACAUUGAGGAUGAAAGCGAAGAUAGGCCCAGUGUCAUAGUGUUUGGAAUCGAUUCUGUUUCAAGGUCUCAUGCGGUAAGGGCCCUCCCUAAAUCAUAUGAAUUUCUUUUGUCAGAAUUUCAAGCGUACGAUUUUUUGGGCCAUAACAGGGUUGGAGAAAACACGUGGCGAAAUUUUAUUCCUCUCUUAGCGGGAAAGAGUCACAGGAAGUACCUGGACUUUCUGCAUAUGAUUUUUCACGUAGAUUCUUUACCUUUUAUCUGGUAUGAGAAAGAGAUGGCCAGAAUCGCAACAUUCUAUGCCGAGGAUAGACCAGAGUUGUCUGCAUUUACUGUAUUUGGGCAGCUGGGUUUCAAGCGCCCGCCAACUGACUAUUACUUCCGUCCAUUCACUCAAGGUGUUCAUACAUUUGUACCCAAAAUUGUCGACCAUGUCACAAAGUCACAUGACUGUUACGGGCCAAAGACAAUGUUCGACAUCCAAGUUGAUUACUUGAAAGGCUUUUUACAACGCUACGAAAAUAAAAGAAAGUUUGCAAUGUCUUGGAGUACGCAGAUUAGUCACUCCAGUUACAGUUUAUUAAGCCGUGCUGAUGAACCUUUCCUUAAAUUCUUAAAGUGGCUGAAAGUAAGUAACCAAACAAAAAAUGCGGUAUUUAUUGUAAUGAGUGACCACGGUCCUAGACUUGGAGGGGCUGCACUGACACAUGUAGGACGGGCGGAGAAUAACAAACCGUGGAUGAUGUUACAUAUACCUAACAGCUUGAAAGCGAAACACAAAUGGAUUGAUGAAGUGAUAUCUCAAAAUUCAAAACAGCUGACCUCACAUUAUGAUACAUAUGAAACCAUAUUGAACAUAUUUCAAAAUAAAGCUUUCACUGGAAGAAGGACAAUACCAGGGCAUAAUUCAUUACUUCGCCGUAACUUGUUUAACCCAAUACCCAGGGAUCGAACAUGUGCUGAUGCCGGUAUCGAAGAGCAGUUCUGCACGUGCGACGAAAAAAUUCAAAUUUCACCGUCAGUUGAAAGAGUUCAGUCAAUUGCAAAGUUUUUAGUUGAGAAAAUAAAUAAAUUGUUGUCGGGCUUUUCUCAUCUGUGCCAUACAUACACUCUUCACAACGUGUCAGAAGUAUUAGUGUCCUACUCAAAACCUGAAGAAGGUCUUGGAAUUUACGAGCAGUUUGUGAAACAUUUUUAUUCAGACAAUUCUGGACGCUAUAAAGUAGUAUUUUACACAGCGCCUGGGUAUGCUUUUUUCGAAGGCACUGUGGAUUUUGUUGACAAAUCUGCAAGUAAAAAACAGAACAGUAUGACUCUGAUAGGUGAGCCAAUCAGGUUGGAUAGAUAUGACAGUAAGUCAAAAUGUAUACAAAAUAAAAUUUCACGGCCAUAUUGUGUUUGUAAAAUUUAAAAUGCAAUGGAAAAUACUGUAAACCUAGAAAUGUUCGCGGAUACAAUAUUUCGCGUUUUUCAAAACAUGAACAUUUUCGCGGAUACAAAUCUUCGCGGAAUCACAUCCAUCGCGAAUCCCGCGAAUAUGAAGUCGCAAGUGAACAUAUUUAGUAUAAUAAGGUAAGUAUCACUGCAUAGUUGCAUUUAUACUAUUCUCGAAAACAUUCAGUUUUAUUGUACCCUUCAAUUAUAAAUGCACCCUACGAUUGUGCCCAUUUGGUUGUAAUGCUGUAGAAUCAGAGAUACAUGUUAUUCUAUGCUGUCCGCUUUAUACUGUUGAACGAAGACUUCUAUUAGAAAAGGUUACUUCUAUAUUUGUAAACUUUGAGAGUCUAAAUGACAAUGAUAAACUGAUUCUGUUAUUCACACAUCCAAAUUUGAUAAGAAUAGUUGCAAAAAUCGGUUAUGAUAUACUUAAAAAAGAAGUAAUACUUUAUAUAAUAUAAAUACAGUUUAAUGCACCUGUAUAGAUAGUCUUUUAUUUAUUUAUAAUUUUUUUUUACUAAAUUGUAUGUAGAUUCUUUUAAAUAAUUACAGUAUUUUAGUGUUAAGUAAGAGAUAUCUGCUAAUCUGUUCUCUACCAAUCUGAUUGGUGGGGAUACUUGAUUCUUUAAGCCAUUUUUUACUAGCGCACAUUUAGUGCACCUGUCUAAUCUGGUUCAGUGUCUUAUAACUCUUUUUUUAAUUAAAUUUUAGGACACAUCUUUGUGUUAUGAUUAGCAGACAUGUCUUGCUUUUUUUUACUGUAAUAUAUGAGAAUUGAUUAAAUUGAUAAAUAUGGUGAUAAAUUGAAGAGUAAUGCCGUGUGGUGGGUGAUGUGGAUUUGGUCGUCUGGUGUCUCUGUAUGGCCAGUUAGGGGACUGCAGUGUUCUCUUAUCAACUACAACAAUUGCGUGUGGUGGAUGGGAGGAUGCUGUGGUUUUGUUCCUGGUGGCUUGGAUCUGCUGGCUAUAUAGCUUGUUGGACCACUUGCAUUGGCUGUCACACGGUGGUGCUCUUUCGAUUAUCAUUAGAAACAUAUAUUGAAUAAUGUGAAAUAUGUGAUAUGCAGAAAUUUUAUAUAUAUAGUCUCUUGUAAUUCAAAUUUGAGUGGCCAUUUACUUGUGUUUUAUUAUGUAUAUGUCAUGUUUUUAUACUGUAAACAUGUAAAUGGAUGAGACUGAAAUAAAUAAACAAUAAACUCUAUAAACCCCUAAUCAUUUUCAUCCAUAUCAACGGUUAUUUACACCUCCGAUUAUUGGCAGUCAGUAAAUUGCUGUUACAUGUGUUAUUACACUGUCAUUUGUUUGCCAUUUGAAUAGGCGAUUAAUCCACACUUAGCAGAAAUAGACACAAUAUUUUAUUUACAAAUAAUAUAUCGUAUUGACUGCCGACUGCAAUUUGCAUGUAUAUGUCGUUCGAUAGAUGCAUAUUGUUUUUGUUUUUAUCCCCUGUUUGCCUUACGGAUCGAUAUUGAAAAUGCUGUUGCUUCAUAAAUAAGUAAAUUGUUGAUCAAUUGAAAUAAUGUGGAUUUGUGCACUCAUGUUAUACAAUUACGGUACUAGAAUAUGAAUUAUAAAUAUCCAGGUAUGUGUAAGCACAGAACCAUUUUAAAGCUGAAGCUAGAAUCUUUCGCGUUUUUGUUAGAACAGAGUUUUUCGCGGCUAUUUAAUUUCACGGAAAUAUACUACCUGCGAAAGGCGCUAAUUUAAAAAGCGCGAAAACAAUUCUAGGUUUACAGUAGUGUUAGAUAUGAGAUUGUUGUCCGACUGCUGUUCCGAGUGUCGGCGGUUCUUGGUUGUCCAAGUCUGGCCGUACAGAUUACUGCAAAAUAUUUGUAAAUAUCCUAGAUAUUUAUUAUCAUAGACUGGUACAACAUAACAUAACUAAAUACAUCAAUGUCAAGAUAUCAUGUGCCAUAAAAAAACUACGUAAAGUAGUAUACAUAAGGGUACCUCUGAUAUUUAGAUUUCAUAGUUCAUUCAAUAGUUUCAACCACAAUCUAACAAUUACUAGGCCAAAAGAUGAAAAAAAAAUCGUUUCGCGUCCUAUGACAUAUGCCUAGUAGAACAUGAUUUUGCUUCAAAUCCGACUGGUCGAUAUUGCGAUACAGAUUUAUGACUGAUGAAAUGUUAAAGAAUUUGACAUGUAGUAUUUGAGCCGUGCCAUGAGAAAACCAACAUAGUGGGUUUGCGACCAGCAUGGAUCCAGACCAGCCUGCGCAUCCGCGCAGUCUGGUCAGGAUCCAUGCUGUUCGCUUUCAAAGACUAUUGUUAUUAGAGAAACCAUUAGCGAACUGCAUGGAUCCUGACCAGACUGCGCGGACGCGCAGGCUGGUCUGGAUCCGUGCUGGUCGCAAACCCACUAUGUUGGUUUUCUCAUGGCAUGGCUCAUUUAUCUUUCGAAGUUAAAUUUAAACACUUAAGUAUAUCAGUAGCUGGCAAAUACCAUUAAGGUUUGGAUGUAGCAUUUGGCAAUUAGCACGUGGCACCAGUCUUCCAUACAUACAUACUUAGCUAUGGAAGGCCGAGCGCCAUGCUAACUGCCAAGUGCUAAAUGGCAAAUUGUUAAUGUAAAUGCUACUUGCCAAAUGCUGAAAGUCAAUUAAUGACAGUCACGUGGUAAUUGUCAAACGAUAAAUGCUAACUUAUACCAAAUGUUUAUUGCUAAGUGUUUAUUUAAAAAAAAAUGCUGAAUAUACCAGUGUAUGAAUCCAUCCUUUAAAUAGUCAUUGGUCUUCGUUACAUAACUUUGUCUCUAUUAAAAAACUUUUUCAAAACAUUUUAAGAGUAAACAGUGUCGGUCCUAUGUUCAUACACGGUAUAUGGCCGGCAGAACAUGUUAUUGUUUCAAGUCAAACUUGUGGAAACUAUAUGUCUUAUAUAAUUGAAGGUUACAUUCCUGAGGUUAAGAAAUAGGAAUCAUUAAUUCAUAAAGUUAAAGAAUUUGACGAUUAGCAUUUAUCAUUUAGCAAUAAGCAUUAUCUAUUUGACAUUAAGCGUUUGGCAUUUGGCAUAAAACAUUUGGUAUAUAGCAUUAAGUAACUGGCAUUUAGCAUUAGAUAAUUGGCAUUAAGCAUUAAAUAAUCGGCAUUUAGCAUUAAAUAUUUGGCAUUUAACAGUUAGCAUAGCGCAUCGACCUUCCAUACUUAUCAACGCAUACUACUUUUUUAUAAUUUAAGUCUUCAAUUUUGAAGUUUACAUUUUACAAUUCGCAUUUGGCAUACUGCAGUUUUAACAAAGAGAGCUACCGGUACAGUUUUUCACUGUCGCUCAUAUAGAAUAUAUAAGGAUAAAAAAUAGAAUUGCGACUUUGUCCAAGUUUAAGGGUUUAUUUCUACAUUUAAUAAUAAAAUGCCAAUAUUUUAUAACCUUUAUUCUGUAUCUACAUUUUCCGAUCUUUUAGACAAUGCUAUUUUGAAAAAGAUAUUUUGUUAGGAAAUUGCUUCCAACUUUUUGUCAAAUUGCUGAAUUCAUUUCCUCAGUUUUUCGGACUUAGAAAAUCAGCGGCCAUUUUGGUGAAUUGAAACCGUAGUGAUUAUUUAUAGCUUGAAGAUGUUAUUGUAAUACGUUUAUUUGAAAUACAGUUUUAAUUUUAGAUAUAUUUAUAUUUGCUUGUAUGGGAAAUUGUCCUACAAUAGUUUUAAAUAUGCCAUAAAAUCACUAAAAUUCUUGUAUUCUCACACAAUAACAGCACAAUUGUUGUUAAAGAAAUUGAGUUUCUUGCACAUGUAUUUCAUUAUUAUCAUUAUUAAUUUCUAAAUCGAAGAAGUAUGUAACACAUUUUAAUCAAUUUGAAAAAAAAUCAAAUAAAGGUUUUAAAUGAUUUAUUGUUAUUUUGUCGCGGGUCUUUUAAGGUUUGUCUGUAUGCUUUGAUCAGUGAAUUAAAAAAGAAACAAAAAUCAAAUGUUAUUAAACUAUGCUUUUCCUCUGUUUUAAUGAUCACAAUAAAUAUCACGAUCACAUUUUGGCCAACGUUUGUUCAACUAGUGAUUUUGAAUGAAAUGCAUUUUAAAUGUGAAAUAUUUUAUACGCACACUGAUUUCCCUGGUUAGAUUAAUCAAAGCCUUGAAAUGUCUGAUGGUUGCGGGUUUUUGGUAGAUUUAUUUUCUGUUUAAAUGCCAGUCUAUGAAUAUACAUGAAUGAGAAACAAAUACAAAUUUAAUGUGCCUCAUAUCUAAGAUGAACUCUGCCUGACCCAGCUUGUGAUGUAACCAUGGGCUGGAAUACCGUAUCAUUGAUAGAUCUUAUAUAAUCUAAAUUAUGCGAGUGGAUACAGGUUGAAUAAGAACUGCAUGUUCAUUGAUAAUUCAUCCGCAUUGUUCAUGAAUGGGACUAUUUUGUGUAGCACAUGAACAUCCUUUGAAUGUGAUUCGGAAUAAAAUAAAGAUGCUAUGAUUGUCAGAAAUACACUUUAACUUUGGUAGCGAGAUAAACCCGCAACCAAAAAUCUUCAUAAACUAAGCUCUCCUUCCGUUUGACCGAUCUAAGGGAAAUAACUGUGACAAGCAUAAAGUGUCAGUUUUGAAACUGAAUGUAUUAAAAAGACAAUACACUUUUACACAUUUUACUGCUGUUAAUUGUAUUUUCCUCAUUGCUUUUAUUUCACGAUAUCCGUUAUAAAUGCAGCAUAAUUUGAAUUGUUGAGAAUUCGUGACAAAAUUGAUAUGCAAUUCAAUAUGCUUGCAUGUUUAAAUUCGCGAGCGGCACACACUCGCGAAUACUAGUAAAAUAUAAUGAGUGCAAGUUUUGGGAAAUCUGCAAUAUAAUAGGGUUAUUAUAAUUGCAGCUCGGUCUGGGAUGGUGUAUUCGGCUCGAGUGGAUUUUGCCAGAUUGGAUCUCACGAGGCGCGAAAGCGCCGAAUGUGAUCCGACCUUGCAAAAUCCACGAGAGCCGAAUACAGAAUCCCAGAUAUAGAUAACGACCCUUUUACUAUAUACAUUCAACCUUAUUUUGUUAUCGAAUGAAAUCUUCGAAAUCUUCGAAGUUUAAACAGAACUGAGUGAAGUUUUUAUGUUCGCUAUUUAUAGAACUGUUUCAGGUCAUGCAUAUUAAAUGAAAGUAGUCCGGCAACAUACAAUACAAAAGGUACAAUACGGAAUUGUUUUCUGCCUGUUCAUGUUUACUUGUGAAAUACAAGCCGUAUUUUUGACAGAAUUUAUAUAGGUAUAAAAUAAAAGGAAGUCUCAUAUAAAAAGUGAUCAGCACCACCUAUGUAUUUCAAGGCAAACAAGCUUUAUAUUCAAGAUAUUGAGCCGAUACGGUUUUUGUACUGACAGGCACUGUGAGCUGUACCUUUGACCUUCAAAUUUCAAAUUCAGCAGGGAUCAUCCGCUGGGCAAUGUACACAUUAAGUUUGAGGAUCAUAGGUCAAAGCAUUUUAAAAUUAUUGCGCGGAAACGAAGUUGCUAGCACACAGACGGACGACUGGGUUAUCAUAUAAUAUGUCCCUCUAGGCGUAUGAUAAAUUGAUUAUUCAGAAGCGCCAGUAAGAGUAAGCGAAUAAAUGUCAAUAUAAUGGCGGUUAAAACUAGCAGCUGCCCUUAAAAAAAAGAUGCAUGUCCCCUCAAAAGUUGUCAUUCAAAUGGAACGAUGAACUGAUAAAAUGUCUUUGUGUUAAACGAGUCCACACGAAAUAAUGCAUGAAGUCAAGUCGCGUCAAUAGUUCAUUUUAAUUUUAGUCAAUUUUUUCAAGCAUAAUAUAACAUUCUAUAAUACAAUCGAUUGCUUCUAGAUGAAACGAAGGAGAAGUGCAAAUCUACAGACCAUUUGAGCCGCACCAUGAGAAAACCAACAUAGUGCUUUUGCGGCCAGCAUGUAUCCAGACCAGCCUGCGCAUCCGCGCAGUCUGGUCAGGAUCCAUGCUGUUCGCUUUCAAAAGCCUAUUGCAAUUAGCGAAACCGGAUGCGCAGGCUGGUCUGGAUCCAUGCUGGUCGCAAAAGCACUAUGUUGGUUUUCUCAUGACGCGGUUCAUAUAGAUGUAUCAAAUAAGUCAGAUUAAAUAUCUUCAUGCAUCAAUAAAAUUCCAAAUUUUAUAACAAUUAUUGAAAUACUUUUUUUUCUUAAAUACGGAACUGAAAGGGCUCGUUGAUAUUUUUAUACCUUCUGAUUGACUGGACUAUUAGUUGAAAAAUUUAAAUUAAGCAAGCAACCUGAUAACUCUUUGAU